AUGAGACCGGCGUUUGUAGACUUCAAAUACAUACUAAACACAUCUCUGGAGAAUAUCACUUACAUCCCGACCCUAUAUUCCGCGGUAGGACUUUUGCACAGGUAUGUGAACCGACAGAUCACAGUCAUAAUUGUGUUGAUUAUGAUGAAUGUGUUCAACACACUGAUGCCAUUCUCGCAACACUUGUGGCAGUUAUACACCUGUGCUGUCAUACUGGGCAUAACUGCCGGCGCGUGGCUCACGGCCUACAACGUGUGGCUCAUUGAGAUAUGGCAGGAGAAGGCCGUCCGGGUAUUGCUAUUCUCGCAGCUCAUGCACGGGUUGGGACAGUUCGCUGGCGAACAGCUCGACAGACCCUACCUGACCGGUGAACACACGAUAACUACCAGCGCUCUGCCACUCAAUUCGACGGAAACUUCAUUACAAACAUUACUGAAUAACACAAUAUUCAACGCGACUAACGGUGCGAUGGAUUUGGAUGAGAGGCGCGCCAAACUGGUGGUGCCUUUUAUG